AUGUUUUUAUGUCAAUUUGCUUUUAGUCUUCCUAUACAUGAAAAACCUACCAGAGAGUUAAUCACACAACCCACAGAUGAGACUACGGUCAUGUUCACCAAAUACAUCAAAGUUAAUGACAAGUCUUUAGACAUCUAUACGAACAACGUAGAUUAUUCCAGUCUUAAAAUGCUUGAACUUAACUCUCCUGAUAUUCAAAUACCUGAACUUGACUUUCCUGUUGUUCGACUACCCAUACUUAACUUUCCUGUUCUUCAAAUGCCUAUACUUAACUUUCCUGUUAUUCAAAUGCCUUUACUUAAUUUUUCUGAUACUCAAAUACCUGAAUUUAACUUUUCUGACGCUGGAUCUUUCAUUGGUUCAUUUUCAGCAACAACAAUUGAAACAUGUUUGUUAUUCAUUCUAGGAUUUUUAAGAAUUCAGGUUCCAUAUAUUCACGAUAGAAGGAGGAUGAGAAAUUUUGAAAGAGAACCAUGGAUACUAGAUACAGAAGCAGCAGGUGAAAAAGGUACGAUAGUGGAAGUAGGAGAAGUAGGAAAAGGACCGGUAGAGAAAG